UUAUCGAGCUUGUAACGUGAGAUCCUCGGGCUUCAUUUUCUUCCUCAGAAAUUAGCAACACGAAAAUCGAAGUCGAAGUUUGAAGUUCUCCUCCACAGAGCUGCCCCAGUCAGAAGCUGCUGGUGAAGUCCCAUGGAAGAAGAAGAUCGGAGUCAGAAAGAAACAGGAAAUGAGCCGCGGGAAGUAGAUAGAGCACAACCACAACAGCUGCAACUGCGACGACCACGGCUCCAUCCUGGAGUGGAAGAGAAACUUGUCUUGCAAUUCAUGGAUUCUAUGCAUAAUUACCUUUCCCUCUUUGAUGCGUUGUCUUCGACACUUCGUCAGGGAUGGCUGGAUUUAGCAAGUGCUCGACACUCUAUGGGUGGCUUACGCAUCAAUAGUUCUUUAUUGAACAUGAAACUCCAUUCAGCUGCUACAACAGUGAAGAUAACCCAAUAUGAUGAUGUUGCGGUUGAUUCCGUUGCAGUACAACCAUGCUUCACUUUGCGCAAAUGGGUAUCAUCUGAACAUGGAAAUAGUCAAUUAGAAGAUAACAAUGUGCAUCUCCAUGAGAGUGAUGGUAUUCUGCAAUCAUCUGCUGAAGAAAAUGCUGAGGUGACUGUUUCAAAGAACUUGUCUGAAUUUGCAGACAAUGAUCAAUUUUGUAAGGAGCGAUCCAAAUCACUGUCAAUGUUUGGAAUUUUGAUUUCCCCAAAGCUUCGAGCCGCCCGGUUGUCAUUUGAGAGAGCACUAGAGACGCUUGUAGCAAUAGCAAACAUGCAGUCCUCUGUGCUAUAUUCUUUUCAUCAACUUCAUCAAGAGGCGGAAGAUAAUAAAAGAUGAAAAAGUAGGAAUUUUUCAGGUUGCCGAUAUGGUCUGAGUGAUUUAAUUUGUCUCCGUGAGAUUCUUCAUCAGCUUUAAACGGUUGGCCUCGAAAUGACACCAAUCCUUCCAAAUAGCAAGUGCCAUUUGCGGGUCAUUUUUCUGGACCUUAAUUCCACAAUGUAAUGAAGAGAUAGGAACUUUCCUUAUUAUAUUUUGUUGCAUUUUUCUCAAAUGUCUUUGCUACAUUACAAAUUGCAAAAGUUGGGAGAUGUUCUCAUCAA